AUGAUGAAAAAAUUUAACAGAAAGGAUUUCAAACAGUGUGAACUAAAGCCGGUCGAAAAAGAAUUGUCGAAACCUUUGCCAGGAGUCCCUAUUCAUUUUAACUAUGAAGUGUUUUUGGAUGACGGUUACGACCAUAUGCAACAUCUCAAAUCUGAUGAUACCAAAGAAGCCUACAUUAUAACUGUAAUACUUGAAUAUUGCGCCAGCAAUGCUUCCAGUGAUUCUGACUCAUCUAGAAUACGCGAACCUGGAGUUGAUUACGAUGAGCACAUUAUUAGUAACCUAAAUAUGGAUUCAGAAGCCGAGUCUUUCGACAUAGGAAGGGAAUUAGAGGAUAAUUUUGUAGAACUUGCAGGUGGCCAUAAUGUGAAAUUCUUAGAAAUCGGUAGUGAUAAUGCCAAAGUGGCUGGGGACAACAAAUAA